ACAAAAGCGAGAGGACAGAGAGGGCCAGAGAAGGACAGAGAGAGAGGGGAGGAACAUGAUAGAUUGAAUGAAAGUGUGAGACAGAGUCUAGUGUUUCCUACAUUUUGAAAGUAGUGAUAUCGCCUGCCGAAUAGCUGCUGUGGUGGAUUUGACUGACAGUUGCUCAGUCUUUUUGUUUGCCGUUUUCUCUUUGGUUCGUUGGAUGUUGCAGGAUUGAUGGAGAUACAACAGUCACUCAGCACUGCUGUACACCGGGAGACAAGAGCUGCACUGACAGAGGCCUGCUAAGUGGUCGAAACAAAGUGGCUGGACAGAGAGAAUACGUGUCCACACGUGUACGUCCUCGGCGCGGCUCUCAGGAGAACUUUCUGACCAAUAAGCAGUGGUGAAGGACAAGGCGAGCCAAUUAGGGAGAGAUGUUGGGGAAGGGCAGGCAUACGGCCCUGGCUCUCGUGUCUUUACUGGUUCUAUUGUUGCGUGAGGCAACACCCAUCGAAGUCCCACAAGACCCAAAGAUCCAGCAAGACCUAAAGCAACCCCCCACUAUAGUCAAACAGUCAGUGAAGGACUACAUUGUCGACCCAAGAGAUAACAUCAUCAUCGAGUGUGAGGCCAAGGGAAACCCAGUGCCAACGUUUUCAUGGCGAAGGAAUGGGAAGUUCUUCAACAUUGGGAAAGAUCCCAGGGUGACUAUGCGAAAACGCUCAGGAACACUGGAGAUUGGUUUCCGUAGCGGGGGACGACCAGAGGACUACGAAGGAGAGUACCAAUGUUUUGCUACCAAUGACUUUGGAGUAGCUCUGUCCAACAAAAUCCUGCUGCGGGUCUCAAAGGCUCCUCUGUGGCCCAAGGAGGUGUUGGAGCCAGUGGUGGUGACUGAAGGCUCCCCACUGGUUCUAACCUGUAACCCCCCACCAGGACUACCUCCUCCCUUUACCUUCUGGAUGAGCAGCGCUAUGAACCCAAUAUCACAAGAUAAGAGAGUGUCUACAGGUUUGAAUGGAGACCUGUACUUCUCCAAUGUUGUUGCUCAAGACGCUCAGACAGACUACAGCUGCAAUGCUCGCUUCCUCUUCACACACACCAUCCAGCAGAAGAACCCUUUCACACUCAAAGUUCUCACCAAGGAGCCAUAUAAUGAAACAUCUUACAAUGCCACUGACCCCUAUGGUGGCCGUAAAGUAUCCGAGUCCACGCCGACCUUCCUCUCACCAUCAGGCAGUGAGAGCUCCAAAAUUGUGCAACGAGAUGAGCAACUGCUACUGGAGUGUAUCGCUGCUGGACUACCAACUCCUACCGUCAAGUGGUUCAAGAAGGGUGGGGAACUGCCAGGACACAAAGUGAAGUUUCAGAAUUUCAACAAGACCCUGAAGAUUAUCAGUGUGUCAGAGGAAGAUGCUGGGGAGUAUGUGUGCAUGGCCAACAGUCAUUUAGGCAGCAUACGCCACAGCAUCUUUGUCCAGGUUAAAGCGGCUCCUUACUGGCUGGACAAACCUACGGACCUGGUGCUAGCCCCGGAUGAGAACGGACGCCUGGUGUGUCGGGCCAACGGGAACCCUAAACCUAACAUUCAGUGGCUGAUCAAUGGACAACCUAUAGACAGCUCUCCUCCUAACCCGAACAGACAGGUGCUUGGUGACACCAUCCUCUUCCGCUCAGUGCAAAUGGGAGGCAGUGCUGUUUAUCAGUGCAACGCCUCCAACCAGCAUGGAUACCUGUUGUCCAAUGCCUUCGUCAGUGUUCUCGACAUGCCUCCGAGGAUGCUGGGCCCUAAAAACCAACUGAUUAAAGUAAUUGAGAACAACCGCACCUUUUUGGAUUGUCCUUUCUUUGGUUCCCCUCUUCCUGAACUACGCUGGUUUAAGAAUGGACAGGGCAGUGGGCUGGAUGGUGGACAGUACCGUGUUUACAUCAACGGCACCCUGGAGAUCAAAAGGGCUCGAACAGAGGACGAGGGCACAUACACAUGUGUUGCCAACAGCAUCCUGGGCACAGCCGAGAACCAGGUCCGCCUGGAGGUCAAAGCGCAAACUCGUAUAAUCAGAUUCCCUGAGCACCAGUCAGCCAUCAGGGGCUCCACAGCUCGUUUCAACUGUAAAGUGAAGUCGGAUCCCAGCCUGCCUGUCACUGUGACCUGGACCAAAGAUGACAAGUCUCUCUAUCUAGGAUGGAGGCUGAGGAAGGAUGACGAGUCACUGACCAUCCCCAAUGUGAAUGAGGGUGAUGAGGGAACAUACGCCUGCACUGUUAAAUCUGAGAUUGACCAGGACUCCGCAUCUGCCCGCCUGACUGUGUUAGAGGAAGCCUCUCUCAACCCCUCACUCUCUAGCACCCUGCCUCCAGACCGCCCAGACCCUCCCAUGGAUCUAGAUCUGUCUGACCCAGCAGCUCGCAGCGUUCGUCUCACCUGGAUCCCUGGAAAUGAUCACAGGAGUCUCAUCACAGAGUUCUUGGUCCAGUUUGAGGAGGACAGCUGGGAGCCAGGCAGGUGGCAGAACCUGUCCACUUACCCUGGGGACCUCAACUCUGUCAUCCUGCAGCUUGCCCCAUUUGUCAACUACCAAUUCAGGGUCAUCGCCAUUAAUUCAGUUGGCCAGAGUCAGCCCAGCCGUCCCUCACCAAGAUACAAGACCAGUGGAGCAGCUCCAGAUGUAAUUACCAGAGGUCUUAGAGGAUGGGGCUCCAAGAAGGACAACAUGGAGAUCACUUGGGAGCCACUGCUUGAUCUGGAGAGAAAUGGUCCAAAUCUACAAUACAACGUGUGGUGGAGACGGAGGGAUGUGAGGGAAGAGUGGAGUAAUGUGACCACAGAGGGGUCCAAACAUAUCAUCCACAACACAGAAACCUAUGUGCCUUAUGAGAUCAAAAUCCAGGCCAUAAAUGAGUUUGGCCAAGGACCUGAGUCUAAUGUGGUCAUUGGAUACUCUGGAGAGGACAAGCCCACAAAUGCCAUCACUGACUUUAGGGUAUCAAAGGUCGACAGCACCAAAGCAAACAUCCACUGGAAGUCUGUGGACCCAAACUCUGUCCAGGGAGAGUUCAAAGAGUACAAGCUGUACUACUGGCGUGAGUCCAGUAUAGUCCCAGGUUUGAUGGUCAUUAAGGAGAAUAAGACCAAAGGGAUCUACAGCACCACGUCCGAGCCAUCUGUCAUCCUAACUGACCUGGUGCCCUACUCUAAAUAUAAGAUUUUUAUGGUUGUGGCCAACAGCCGCUUUGAAGGCCCUCCCAGCAACACUGUGGAGUUCUCCACUAAGGAGGGAGUCCCCGAUGCUCCAAGGUUCUUCAGGAUCAACAGGAGGAGUUUUGACACUAUCUACUUGGAAUGGGAUAAACCUUUGGAGCCAAACGGCAUUCUAACUGGAUAUCAGCUCAAAUAUCAAACAGUCAAUGGCUCCAGGGUGGGUCGACAACAGCUGGAGACUUUUCUUCCAAAUAUGACAGACUUCACCCUCCGCCUGCCAGAUCGAUCUACCCGCUAUAAGUUCUUACUGUCAGCGCUCACACAGGUGGGAGCAGGAGAGGUCUUCGCUGAGGAGUCCCCACACUUCACCAAUGAGGAUAAUUUUACUGAUACUACAGGUCUAGUCAACCUUAUAGACGCCUCUGUGGCUUCAACUUUUACUCCCACUCCUCCUCCUCUCGCUUCUCUUCCUCCUACUACCAUGGCUCCUACAACCAUCGCUCCUACAGCCAUUAGCACCUCAACUACUACCACUCCUAAAGCUACAACUUCUCCUUCUACUACUACGUCUACUACAACAACUCCUACUACCGCCACCACUGCAACUGAGGCAACAACCACCAUCACACCUCCUGUGCUAGUCACCACCAGGCGUACCGAUCAGAAUGUGUUGGUGGCCCCGGGGCGGCAGAUCUGGGAUCUGACGGUGGAGCCUAACAGUAACUACGCUAACGUCAGCUGGAGACACAACUUCCCCGCCGGCAGCAGCGAGUUUGUGCUAGAGUUCACACUGGACAGCAACAAGACGGAGAAAACAGUACGAGUGAAUCAACAGCCCCCCAUUAGAGUGGCGGAUCUGAUCGCAGGUGCCACGUACCGUCUGAGGGUUUACUCCCAUGAAUUCAACAGCAUCAGCAGCAAUUAUUUCACCUUUAAGACCCAAGCAGCUUACAUAGACCAGGUAGACAUCGCCACUCAGGGUUGGUUCAUAGGCUUGAUGUGUGCUAUUGCCCUCAUCAUAUUGAUCCUCCUCAUCGUCUGCUUCAUCAAAAGGAGUCGUGGUGGCAAAUAUCCAGGUGGCUGCUGUGUGACUGGUUUCUUAAAAUAUCUCGUGCGUGACAAAAAAGAUCUCCCCUUAGACUCAGUGGACCAUAAAGACCAGGAUGGAUCCUUCGAUUACCACAGUGAUGAGGACAACAAGCCUCUGCAGGGCAGCCAGACUUCACUUGAUGGCAAUGUGAAGGAAAGUGACGACAGCCUCGUGGACUAUGGUGAAGGUGGCGAUGGUCAGUUCAACGAGGAUGGCUCUUUUAUUGGCCAGUACACAGUGAAGAAGGACAAGGAUGAGACGGAGGGCAACGAGAGCUCCGAGGCCACUUCACCUGUCAAUGCCAUCUAUUCACUGGCAUAGCCUCCCGGCAGCACAUAGGGGACUAAGUGCCCCAAACAUCCACCCAGUGAUUUUAUGGUUGUACGACAGCACCAUACACCCCAAGCAAACACACAGACACACACACACACACACACACACACACACACACACACACACACACACACACACACACACACACACACACACAACCACACACACACAACAACAUAUUACUAUAUGAAACACCAAUAACACAGAAGAAAUGCAGCAGGGCCUGUCUGGAGACUGUGUAGACUUUCCUCUGAUGAUAACAACAAGGAACUCGGCAGUGCAACUAGACCACAAGCCUUUACUUUAUGUUUCCAGCUCUAAAAUAUGGCCCGUCUGAGGUGAUGUCUGGACAAAGUGGACAGUGCUUGUUUUACUCUGUGCUCUGCCUGCCCUUUACCCACACAGACGAAGUGUGCCUUCUGGGCAGCUUCCAGUAUUUGGAGACAUCUCCAAGUGUUACUUAGAGAUUUUUCCUUUGUUUGUUCCUGCUCUGAACAUUUUAAGUGUCACUGCUCUCCUUCCUGAUGCGCCUCUCAUACUUAAGUGUAGCAUCCCAGUAAAGUUCACACAGUGGUUACACACAAACCCACACACGCACACACUCGCCCCGUGUUUUAACAUAUCAGCUUCGAACCAUCAAACUCAACAGGUUGCUGGCAGAUAUGUUUAUCAUAUUGAUAUUUAAGCAAUGAAAGAUUUAAGUUUUUCCACAGCUGGUAGAUGAGACAUCAAAUCUUAAUGAAUGCUGUAUACAGUCCUGGCACACAGUUUAGUGCCCCGCAAAACUAUGCACUGUCACCUCCACAAUACCAUAAUGUUUUAAUCUGGUCAGUAAACAGUACAUUUAAGUUCACUUUUGCCAUAUACAGUCCAAACUCCCAUGCUUUGUAUUAACUUUGCCUUGUAUCAUGUGGUAGACUUUUUUUUUUAUACCUUUAAUCCAAUCGAUCAAAAUGGCUGCCAUAUCAAAAGCCAUUUCACCACAAACAGCAAACUUUGCUAUUGUGUGUUUUCAAUGAAUACAUUUAAAUAAUAUUUUGGAGCACUGUAGAAAGGCAAGUGGAUAACAAGUCAGUGAAUUGCCUAGUCAGCAUGCAGGCUAAUGAUACAUUCAUGUCAAAUGGGAUAGUUCAAAUGGUGACUGGAAAGCUCCAACUAUUACCAUUAAUAUUCGGUUAUUCUGUAUUACAAUAUUCUGUUGCUUUUUUGUCAGUUUCUCAUUUGUUAACCAUAAGAAUAUAUAAGUAUUAUAAGUACAUUUUAGACAACAUUGUUUGGAUUGCAGUGCUCAUUGCAAUGACUAAUUGUGGUUGGUUAAAACAUAUCAAAACACAAAAUUUCCUAAAUCCUUAUGUUUCCAGGCUGGGGGCUGAUAUACAUUCUCUCCUGUGUGACAUGAGUACAAUACGAGAAGUUGAAGGCGUGUUCAUGCUAAAUGUUGCAUUGUAUUGUACCAAAAUUGAAAAGGAUUUUUAUUACAGUCUGUAGUCCCAAACAGCCAGAGUACAGAUGUUAGCUUUAACCUAAUUUGUAGGCCUACUGUAUACCCCAACUUAUUUGAGUUCUUUUUGAUAUUUUCCUCCAGACCUCCAUUUUCAAUUCAUGACGUUAUGUCAAUCACACUGCCUCUAAAGGUGUUUGUGUUAAGUAUGUACAGAAUGGUCAGCACCUUUUCUAUUUCCAGAAUUUAUGUUUAUUAAUUUGACCAAUUUGUUAUGCAUAGACAAAAUGAAUACAGCAAUGGGGUCAUGUAGGAUACGUUUAAAACUACAUUAUUUAAAGCAUGAAGAUAUAUCAAUAAAAUUUAGAACCCACUUUGAAAUGACACAAGCUGAGAUUUUAGUUUUUGCAGAGAUAGACAAAAAAGAGAAAACUAAUUUAAUUAACAGAAUAUGUUCUUCUAGUCAUUGUCUUUGCAGACUUAUGGACUGCCAUUCAAUGAUCUGCUCAUGUUUCUUUAGUUAAUACUUGCUCAUUGGUUUUAACGCAGAGUUUUGCCACUCUUACUGCAGUUACAUGCUGGUCAAGAGGGCUAUUAGACCCUCCAAUGCUAAAUCACAUGGAAAUUAAAUGUAUUUUAAAUGUUUCUUUUAUAUUUCUAUUUAUGACAUUAUGUGGAUAGUAUUAAUAUAUUAGUUCUUAAUUCAAUAAUUGAUAUAUCACUCAUGACAGACUUAUUCUAGUUUUCACACACCAGAAUUAGCCAAAGUAAAGAUGUCUUCAGAAUCUGUUAUUGCUUAUCAUGAGAGGCAUUGAACUUAACAGUAUGAAUAAGAUAUUUUUGUAGCAGAUGGCUUUUCUGCUGUAAACAAAACCAGAAAAAGAAAAUACUGUACCUGUCAUCAUGUUAUCUGUCUGUUGUAAUGCUUUUCUUGUACUACUGUUAUUCUGUGUUGUUUUUCUGAUUUAUGUAACAUACCAUUUCUACCACACUGAAAAUGUAUAUUGUUGCUUAUUAUUUAUUUGGCAUAUAUUUUGUACAUGUUGGUCUCAUAUCUUUGUAAAUAUUUCAUGGUCAAUUUCCCCUGAAAAAUGCUUUAUUUGAAAAGAAAACAAAGAUUCACAAAUUUGCAUCCACCAAGCAAAUGCAGCCUGUGCAUCUCUAGUGUGUCAUGUACCUCUGUUAUGUAGCUUUGACUAGCAUUUGCACUCAACAAGAACCACUCUACACUCCAAUAUUUCCCUUUGCUUUGACAUUGUAAUAUAUAGAACUGACUUUGAUAAGUCAGUCACUUGCUUAAUGAUGGUCUGAAUUCUAUAUUGUGAAAGAGGAAUAUGUAAGAUUCUCUAUGAUGUAAAUAUGUUCUUCAAUAUCCCAUUUGUAGCAUUUGUCACAUAAAACUGCUAGUAGGCCUAAAAAACAUGCAUUCUCUGAUGUAUUGGAACAAACUCAGUCCUUCACAUUCAUCUUUCUGAGACUGUCUACUCCUUCUUUCCAAAUGCCUUUUUCCCAACAUGGUUGCAUAUCUGUGUCCCAUUUCAGAGGCCUUCCUCAGAGGAAUAAAGCUUGAGCCUUUUCCUCCACAGUUAAGCCUUUCAAUACUCACUUAGUCAAAAAGAAAAAGAUGAGAUUAUUCUUUCCAUGUCCCUGAGGGUCUAUGUGACAUUUAGUCCAAAAGAAUCUGUGUGAAGCCUAAACUUUACUCACACCAUACUCUAAACCCAUGAAAAUAUCUCCAUCUAUUCAAAUGUCUAGUAUAAUGUAAACAUAUGGUUGAUACAUGUCCACCAUGCUGCCUGUUUCCUUAUGUCCAGGUUUAGUAAUUCAAUUAUGUUACAUAUUUAUAGCACUUUAGCGAUUGUGGAGAGAAAAAAACUUCCUCAGUAACUAUAAGAAACCUCUAGCAGAAACAGACUAGAUGUAGGCGGCUAUCUGCCUCGACCUAUCAGUCUGCCGUUCGGAUUGUUGUCAACUUGUAACAUUUCCAAGAUUACCCUCUGGAAGUUUUCCCUAAAAUAAUGUAACCUUUUCACUGCAGGAUCUUAAAAAUACAUUAUCUGGGGCCUCCCAUGAGUCUUUGGUUCAAGAUAUCAACUAGUGCUUCCAACUGGUCAGUAGCUUUAGUCAUUUACACCACCAUCACAAGCACAGUGCUUUUUCUGUCAUUUUGUUUGUGUGUGAACAUUGAUUUGAGGUGCAUACAGAGUAAAUCGUCUCUAUUUACUGCUUUGUCCCAGCUCACCUUUUAUGUGGGAAAAAUGUAAGCGUAUUGUUUUUCAGCUUAUUUUUUAUUUGAAAAAGCUACAAAGUCUUGAAUUUCCCUGAUGCACAUAAGAUAGUCGCAACUGGAUUUUGUAAAAUGGUUGAUCACAUGCGGUAUGGCUUUUUGUAAUUUCUCACAUUAGCAUCUUCUUUUUACCAAGUGUAUCAGAGCAGCAACGUCUUGCUUCAUCAGGCUGAUGGCUUUUGUUAGGUAUAUCUACUGAACAGAAUAUUGCAUUAAUAUAUUCACCAUGUAUGCGUGUAUGAUGAGAUGUUGCAACUUCUGCUAGC